AUGAAGCAUCAAAUUUUGGCAGUUGUGGCUUUCAGCCCACUCAUCGCCUAUGCUUUACCAAAAUCCUAUGACUGCGGCAGGCCAGUGCAAUGUGCAAAAUCAUCGUCCACUACCACUGUAGUACAGACGUACAGCCAGGCACCUACCUCGGCCGUCAGCGUCCCUACAAGUCAAGCUGAGGCGCAGACUACAAGCGAGACGCUUGGUGAUUUGACUACAUAUCCCGCCAUCCCCAUCGAGAGCUUUCUCACAACUUCAACGCUCGACGGCGAGACCGCUGUCACGUCCACUACAGCAAGUCCUGUGUCAUCGACUUCUGAAGCUACGCAGGUGGCGGCUGAUGCCUACAGCCAAGCAACGCAGGUAUCUUACAAGGUGGCCGCCACCGAGCAGUGCGGAAACAACGACGUCCUAGCACUGCCGGGGAUGCCAUGGGUGGUCGCCAACUCCAUGUACAACGCUGGGCAAAUGGUAGGCUCUCAGUGUACCAACUUUGCAGGUGUUCUCCAGGCCACCGAUGGUACCAAAGAGGUCCAGUGGAACAGUAUCACCGACAUUGCGUUUGUCGACUCCACCAGGGACCUCUGCAAAGGCUACACCAACAUCGGUGUUGGAGUCAACCUGAACAAGCGACUGAAUGCUAUCACAUCUAUCCCGGCUUAUUUCCAGUGGGAUCGUACCAACACCACCGCGUUCCGUGGGAGCAACUUGUUCGAUUUCAUCACGGCCCCAACCACCGGUGACACUACAUCUACCGCGACCUCGGAGUUCAUGCUCUGGAUCAGGAACUGGGGCAACCAGGUUCCCAUCGGCUAUGCCGACGGUCCUGUCGCAACCUUGAAUCUUUUCGGCGCCAGCUGGAAGCUCUAUGAAGGUAAAAACCCCAACAACGGUGUCGUUGUCCGAAGCAUGUUGGCCGACCAGGACUUUGAAAGCGAGUUCCAGGGCAAUCUGAAGGAGUGGCUGGACAUCAUGGUGCAGAAGGGAUAUAUCUCGGACAGCGAAUACGUGACCGCAGGCAACGCGGGCACUGAAGUCUUCUAUGGCAGCGCGACCAUGAGUGCCACGGUCGCCUUGAACAUCAACGUCUAG